AGCUGCUAAAAUAUGAUUCAAAGUCUAUAAUGGUAAAGGAGCUGUUACAGAUUUUCAUUCAGCGUAUAUCAUUAAAUCAAUUGAGGUUGACAUUAAUAAAAACUGAACAGACACAGUUACUUAGAUAUUUGACAGAUUCGGAGCAAAAUGAAGAAGAAGACGGUAGUGAAGAUAUUGAAAAAAGCUACGAAGGAAGAUGUAUGUUACAUCUCGAGGGAGACUGCUAUGUCGUUGCCAACGACUAUAAAGGCUGUAUUUACAUCCACAUUCGCAAAUACAUGACAAAAGGAUCUAAGAAAUUUCCAACUAAACAAGGUGGGAGUCUUACGCUCUCCAGAUGGCUGAUGUUAAAAUCUAAGAAGGAUGAGAUCGACCUAAAGUUUAAAAACGGACUUGAUGGCAAACUUGAAGAAGAAGAUUUGAUUCAUCUAGGAGGUGGUGUAUACAUUACAAUAAAUCCAGAAUUCCCUACUGUAGAAAUUAGACAUUUUUGGAGGCCUCAAGAUGCACCUAAAGCAGUCGCUACAAAACGCGGUGUAGCCUUGAAUAAAUUUAAAUGGGAACGUCUCUGUUAUGUAAUGGAUUUGAUGAUAGAUUUCGUACCAGAAUUGAAUAGUGGUGUCAUCUGUGAGUCUACCCACGACAACGAAAUGGGUAUUUUGGCCUGUAAAGAAUGUAAUCCCUUCCCGGAAACUGAUGAAGACCAUCCCGUCCCAGAAGCUGAAAACGACACUUUACCACUACCACCACUUCUAGACAACCAAGAGGGGAAUCCUGAAAUUGCUAACUGAGUUGUGUAAAGAAAAGAACCGUAUAUUAUAUAUAUUAUUAAAUUAUACAUCGAUUCAUCAGGCGUUAUGUGUUUUUUUUUUUUUUUUUUAUUCUCUCCUUCUGGAGUCAUCCCUUUUUUU